GCUGCUGAAGCUCGUCGUGGUUGUUGUUGUCCUCGGUGACGCGGCGGAGGUGUAGCCUGACGCGGCCUCUUACGUGUCGGCCUGAAUAAAAAGUGGAGCUCCGAGGGCUCGGGAGUGACGGAAGGAGUCUGUAAUUGCUAACUCGAUGACCAUGGAGUCGGGAGCCGAGGCCCAGCAGGGUGCAGACACAGCUGUGGCUGAGACAGAGACCCAGCAGAUCACUCAGGCCCAGAUCGCCACGCUCGCCCAGGUGACUGUGGGUGCAGGUCAUGCCACUGCCACCGGGCCCACAGUAACUUUGGUACAGCUGCCCAACGGCCAGACGGUCCAGGUCCAUGGGGUGAUCCAGGCAGCCCAGCCCUCUGUCAUCCAGUCACCUCAGGUGCAGACAGUGCAGAUCUCUACAGUAGCUGAGAGCGAGGACUCGCAGGAGUCUGUAGACAGUGUGACUGACUCUCAAAAACGCAGAGAGAUCCUCUCCAGGCGCCCUUCGUACAGGAAAAUUCUAAAUGACUUGUCGUCAGAUGCUCCAGGAGUGCCACGAAUCGAGGAGGAGAAAUCAGAAGAAGAUGUUGCACCUGCCAUCACUACAGUUACUGUGCCAACUCCGAUUUACCAGACGAGCAGUGGCCAAUAUAUUGCCAUUACACAGGGUGGAGCCAUCCAGCUGGCCAAUAAUGGAACAGACGGUGUCCAAGGCCUGCAAACUCUCACCAUGACCAACGCGGCAGCUGCCCAGCCAGGCACUACCAUCCUUCAGUACGCCCAGACCAGCGAUGGCCAGCAGAUCUUAGUGCCCAGCAACCAGGUUGUGGUGCAAGCUGCAUCGGGAGAUGUUCAGGCUUACCAAAUCCGCACAGCACCAGCAAGCACCAUCGCCCCGGGAGUGGUCAUGGCCUCGUCCCCAGCCCUACCCAGCCAAGGGGGCGCUGAGGAGGCCACGCGUAAAAGAGAAGUUCGUCUUAUGAAAAACAGAGAGGCUGCUCGCGAGUGCCGUCGAAAGAAAAAGGAAUAUGUCAAAUGUCUGGAGAACCGUGUGGCUGUUUUGGAGAACCAGAACAAAACGCUCAUUGAGGAACUGAAAGCUCUCAAAGACCUGUACUGCCAUAAGUCUGAGUAAUGUCCUCGUCCAUGUCUGUCCACGGUCUCGGCGGGCUCGAGUGUACCUGUAAGGAGACUGUGUGUGUGUGUGUGCCCCCUCCUCCCACCGGACCGGAACGCAUGUUUUUCUAAAUGUACUUUUUUUUAAAACACUUUGGACCGCCUGAACACACACGAGAAACAUGCAGGGACACACCCCCCCCCACCCACCCACCCACCCAUGGCCAAAAUCUCAUCAGCACCAGUGGAUCAUGUCAUUACUGGGAAAUUGGCUGAAGGUAUUCUAGGACUUAGGAUGGUUGGCUUCUUAACGCCUCGUCCCUUUUUUAAAUCACCAGGAUUGCUGGAGAAAUAAAAAGACGGCACGCUGGUUGUCGGUUUAGAAGUGGCCGGCUGAUCGGCGAGGAAGAAAGGGGAAAUCAAAUCUAUAUUUAAAUGGUUAAAGCAGCUCUAAUAACAGGCUGUGCUGUUUAAAUAUUCUGAAUUGUCUCUGCAAGUCAAGAGUCAAGAGCCAAGAUGAUCAAAUCUUUAAGGGGGAACAGAGAGGAAGAAAGCGUUUUUCCUGAAGUGUCAGAGUUUGAGGUAUAUUUGUCUGACUGUUACUAACAUUUGGUGUCAAAUGUUUGAGUUCAUGCUUUGUUUUUGGUUGUUUUUUACCUACUCAACAUUUCUAUGGUUAAAAAUAACUGUACAUUUACUUUUGAUGCCUUGAGAAAGCUACAGAUGUAUGAAAAUAAGUUUAGAGAGUAUAAGUCAUUUAUAAAUGAAAAAUAUUAAUCUAGAGAAAAGUAUUCUAGCCGUGUACAUUUUGCCUUCGGCGGCAUUUCGUUCAUGGGAAGAUUUUCAGCCUUGAUUUCUAGGCAGCAGUGCUCACCUGGAUCCACUGCACCAAUGAUCUGGCAUCAGCACCAAAUGCAACGCAUCAAGCUAUGCAAACACGGUUUUACAAUGCAAGCGCUAUAGAGAGAGCCAUGUCUGGUUAAGCUCCCUCUCAAAGCCAGUGGGCUUACAUCCAGGUUAUCUGUCAUGGCAGACCAGCACCUCUUUGCAGCUUUGGCAGAGAACAGUUCACUUGUUCACUCAAAUGAACGGAUAUAGGAAAAAGAAUAAGCUGUUAAUUUCUUUGUAAAAGUAAAGCAGCACCUCAUCAACUGCUGCACAUGUUUAGUGUUUAAGGCUGUUGGGAUAAUGGUAAAAAGUAUCGCUUCAAUUACUUUGAAUUUAGUACCGAUACCCAAACGAUUAUUUUUUCGGUACCUGUUUCUAAAUUCUAAUAAAAAAAGCAAUUACAAAAAGUGAUAAUUAUUCUCAUGCUGUCACCAUGAGAGGCUUCCAUACUUUUGGAGCUUUAUUAAGAACAAAAAUAACAGCGUUUCUUUAAAUGCUUAAACUACAAACUACAAAAAAAAUACAAGUUUUUUUUUUUAGAAAAAUCUGCAUUAGAUUAGUGGUUUCCAUCACUUAAAAAAUCUGUAUUAUUGGUUUUAUUUUAAUGCACUGGUGUUCAUGCAAAGUAUCACAAAUAGGCACCACAUUUUUUUAGACCUUUCGGUACUCGGUAAUACAGAGAUUUUGGUUGGUACCUUUUUGGUAUCCAUUUUCAAUACCAGCCCUAUUCUUAUCCAUAGCUGUAAUAUGUGAAUGUAGAGUUAGAAGUCUUGCCCAAGGAUUCUUCUUCUUAUUAUUAUUAUUAUUAUUAUAAGUCAGGGAAUUAAACCCUGGUCUACCAGAGGAAGAUCUAGCCUAAGAAAACUCACUAUGCUAAACACGCCACUUGGUUAAAGGUCUCAUUUCAUUGUUUUUAAUUAAUUUUGUCAGGGUCUCUAAUAUUAAUAAAUGCCCUGUAAGCCGUUUUUUUUUUUGGUGAAGAAAGUGCUCCGGUGCUCCUGUUUCAGGCUGCUUUAGUAAUAAACUUGGUUUAGUAAAAACUUAACCACUAGUAUAAAAAACUUGGGUAAUGCUAACCGUCUGAGGUAAAAUGUAUAGAUUUUAGGACCCUCUUUGAGAAGAAAAGAGAAAUUUAGGAAAUUAAAAUUCAGAGCUCAUACAGUCAAGCUAAGCUAAGCAGAUACAGGAACAACAGCAUGGUUAGCAUUUGUGCUAAUUGUUUAUGCUAGCUAGAAUGUGCUUUUAGGCUGAAUACAGGUUUUGCUGCAGGCCACAAAAGCCAUUUGUGCUACAAAGUGUAUAUUUUAAAUAGUUCUCACAAAACAGAGUCAGAAUUCACACACAUCUACUAUCAUAAAAAAAAAAAAACUGUUAGCGCUUGUACAGUUAAGCUAAGCUAAGCCCAGUUAGGUAAGGGAACAAGGCGGGUGGUGAAUCUACCCACUAAGCUACUUAAUCAACUAAAUUAAUACAUUAAAACAGUGGCAGGUAAAAUAUAGACAACCUAGCUGAAUGUGCUUUUGAGCUAAGCUGCCCAGUCAGGGAUAGGAACACAGAGGAAGUGGUGUUUUCACUGCACUAUACUAACCUAACUCAAUUAACCAAUUAAUGCAUUAAAUCUGUCCUGAGUACAGUAAAACUCAACCACCAGUUUGUUUAUGAUAGCUAGAAUGUGCAUUUGAGCUAAGCUAAAUAUAUGAAUUGCUUCAAGACAGUAUGCCUACAAAAAGCUGUCUGAGGUAAAGUUUGUAUAUUUUUGGAUGUUUUCACAGUACAGUGCGUCUGUGCAUCUGGUUUCACACAUCAACUCUCAGAAUAAAAGCGUUAUGUUUCCGCUCUUUCACACUAAAGCUAAGCUACGCUAAGCUAAUCAGAUACAGAAACCAGCAUAGGUCGAAGAAGUGGUGUGUUUGCCCAGUCAGGAAAUGGAACCCUGGUCUGGAACCUGACAUAACAUUAACCUAACUCAAUAACAGAGAAUGCUAUAAAAAUGAUAAGCAAUCAUGAUCAGGGGGAUUAGCCUGUAAUGUUACAGAAAUAACGUUUCAUAUUCUGAAAAUGUGUAACACAAUAAUGAUUUGCUUCACAGUGUUAUUAAAACGUAUCUCACCCAACGUUCCCAGAUAGAUUUAUAGGCUACUAAUAUCAUUAAAAUAUUAAAGGUAGCAUUCCCAAAACUAAAUAUUUAAAUGUCAUGCUUGAAAAUGUUAAAAACAGAACCGAGCCUCAGAUUUCACACGUUGACUUUCACAAAAUAAAUAGUUGUGUUUAAGCUCCUGUAUAGCAAAGCUAAGCUAUUCUAAGCAGCUAUGAAGACCAAUAGUAUGAUAGCUAGUAUCUGCAUAUAGAAGGAAUAUUUAAAAAGGCAGACCAAAACUCCAUGCUGUGUAUUCUAUAGCUGCUUUACUACAUUUGAAAUGCAGCUGUGUUGAGCUGAACACAGAUCUACAAAAUAGAGGACAAUAUGUAUUUUAGUCAAGUACAGUGAAGCUAAGCUAUGCUAAGCUGCUACAGAGACCACUGCAUAAUAGAGGUAUAGCAUUUCUGUUCAUUAUUACUAGAUUAGUUACACCAACAUAAAGCUGAAAACAGACUAAUGUCACAACUAAUAAUUGAAUUUUUCACAUGUAUGUAUAUAUGUUUUUUAAGCUUCAGCUCCUGCACUGUCUCUGUGCUUAGAGUUAGGGACCAUCUCAAAACGACCAUAAUUUGUAGUUAUUUAUUACACGGUUAUUUAAAUUAGAUGAUUCUGUUGCCAGCACAGUACUGAGUGUUUUAACCACCACAGUACAGCAGGAUUGUGCGAUUUAAUGCACUUCCGUUAAGUAUCUAGUUUCUGCACAUUUUCUACAAGAUGAGCAAUUCACAAGGUGCAGGGGAUCCAGACGUUGAGUUUGUGGAACUCAUUAUUGCUGAAAUCAAGGCUGUAAACCUGGCUCAGGCUGCUCUCGCAGGCCCACCACAGUGAUUCCUAUCUUUGCACAACCAAACCUUUGUGGUGAGGCUCAGUUUGGAGAUUAAUUAGCUAUUUAAUCUGAAAUGGUUAAACAUGGUCAAGAUUUUUACGUUUCUUGGACUUGAAUUCUUCUGUUUGUUUGUUUUUAUACAAUUUGUUAAAUCUGUUGGAUUACUUGUGGCUUUUUAACUCCACUUUUUGCUUCAUCAUACAGAACUGAAAUGAGUAUCAUCCUCUAUAACAAGUAUUAAUAUCUCUCUUCGCAAAUAUGGCAUGUUUAAACUUGUUUUUUUUGUAUAUCAUUUUUAACUUUGAUAUCUCUAUGGUUAUUUUUGCAUUGUGUCACAAUGGAUAUGGAUUCAGUGUCUUUGUAUUUGAUGCAUCAACGCGUAAAUAGAGGGUACAAAUAUAUGUUGUUAGUCUACCAUGACUGUUGCAUUUUUGGCAGCUAUUUCAUAAAAAAGACGUGUGUUGAAACCAG